UCAUAUUAAAUUGAUAUCCUAGCACGAUCGUAUUAGAUUGUAUCACGAUUGUAGUCGUAUACUUAGGCCUGGCAAUUCCCGUCGUGGUAGGCUGUUAAUAUCAUAAGAUAUGUUUUAUAAAUCGGCCGCUAGCCGUACAUCGCUGCGAUCGCUGGAUACGCGAAACAAAUGUGUUACGUACAGUAAGACAUAUAUGAUGUACAUUUCCGUAGUACGUACAGUGUGUUUUAUGCAAAGUGAUAAUUCAGUUACACAAUUUUCAAAAAUGUGUCAUCGACUCUCUUCAAAGUUUAUUACUAUCGUAAAUAAAUUUUAUUCCACCGUUUUUAUUCAACCGAGUCAUAAAUUUACGGUCUUGCAACCUAAGUAUCCUGUACGAACGCAUAUAUUAAUAACACGGAGUUAUAGUACGCAAGGCCCAUCUCAAAAAGUAAGUCAACAUUAUAGAGAACAGUACGCAGAAGAAUUAAACUCUCUCCUAAAAGAUCCGAAAUACAAAGCUUUGUAUGAUAAAUACGAGUUAGAAAUACAGUACACGAAAUAUGAGACAAACAGAGUACCUAAAAAUUUAACCGCAUUUAAUUGGUUAUAUUUACUACGAACAACAACAAGAAAUGAAAGAAGAUCAUAUAUAGAAUUUCUUUGGAAAUUGGACAUAAAACGCGGAAACGAAAAGGAGAAGAAGUUAUUAAAGAUGAAAGAAAAAACAGAGAAUUUAAAUAAACGUAAUGCAUAUGGAUUAAAUGGAAUUACAAUGUUUCACAGGAUACGUCCACAAACAAUAAAUGAAUUUUAUAAUAGCAGAUUAAUAAGUGCUAUGUUAUAUGAACCAAUAAUAGUAUUUGACAUUGGAUAUGAACAAUAUAUGACACCAAAAGAGAUAACGAAUUGUACAAAACAACUAUCAUAUUCAUUCGCAGUAAAUCGAUUUCACGAUAGUCCCUUUAAUCUAUAUUUUUGUAAUGCUAACAAGGAUAAUACUGUUAUGAAGAGGUUACAUUCAAUAAUACCGCCUUUGUACGAUCCAGAAUUUCCAUUAAAUAUCACAUCAAAAUGCUAUUUAGAAAUAUUUGAUAGAGAUAAAUUAGUAUAUCUUACUCCUCAUACUGACACAGUUUUAAAAGACUAUGAUGGUAACUUAAUAUAUAUAAUUGGUGCAAUGGUAGAUAAGAAAUGUAGUAAACCAAUUUCAUAUCAAAAAGCUAAGCAACAAGGUAUUAAAAUGAUGAAGUUGCCUUUAAGUGAAAGAUUAGAAUGGGGUCCAGGAUCUUCAAAAAAUCUUCCUAUCAAUCAAGUUCUUUCCAUCAUGUUAGAUUUGAAACAUACUAAGAAUUGGAAUGUGGCAAUGAAAAAUAUACCUCAACGAAAAUUACAAGAAAAAAGGAUGCUUCUCCAGAAAAAAAGAAUGUUAAGAAAUGCAGAAAUGUUGCAAAUCUUUUGUAGAAAUGAAACUUCAAACUUAGCAGAUAAAGAGUAAUGUUUCCUACAUGUUUAAAACCAAAUAAAGUUAUAAAUAUAAAUUAUUGUA